AUGCUGCCUCGGGAGCUAGAGGCUGGCAUGCUCAAUGCUGUAUGGGCCUUACAGUCUAUCGGUGAAUUCAGACGAGAGAAUUCUCAGUAUGAAUUUUCAGAGCCUGAACUUCAUCAUUCAACUCACAGUCCGGAUGUUCCUGAUAUAUCCGGCACCGGAUCAACCUUAAAUGACGCACCAGCCGAGCCAGUACACGCAGACACGGCUCCGCAAACCAUCAGUUUAAUGAAAGAUACCCAUGACAUCCCAGAUGCAGUCAGUCGCGAGGAUGAUUCAUACAACCCAGAUACUUGGCUUCCUAUUUCUGUGCCUGAUUCAACAAAUUUUCCUCAUGUAUCUGAACCACCUGUGUCCACUGCCAACAACCCAACGGAGCCAGUGCAUGCAGAUGCAGAUCGACAAAUUGACAGUGGUGAGGAGGACUCAUACUGUCCCGACAGCUGGCUCCCUUUUCCAGUGACUGAUUCACCGGCUGUACCUGGAAAAUCUGUGCCGUCUCCGGAGAAUUCACCAGUGGAGCAAAUGCAAACGGAUAAAGCUGAUUCAAGCAACCGUUCCGACGAAGAUGAGAGUACCUGGCUUCCUCUAGGUGUGCUCGAUAAAGACUUUGCUCAAGAUGAAACGAUGAGGGCCGCAAUUGCUCAUUUACGUGAACAUCAAUGGGUUCAUCAAGAAGCCGCGAACAAAAUCUACAUCAAUACAGAUAUGACAGGUCGGCGCCACACACAAAAGUUUGUCAAAACCUUGCGGAAUGCAGUGAAACUUGUCAUGGCCAGGAUCGAUCGUUCUCACGACGCGUGGGUGGGACAAUGCAGUGCCAAGAGACAGGACCUCAGUACUUCAAAUGGCGCAGAGGACGAUUCUCUUUGGUACAUUUUCAAUACUUUGGACAAUCCUGAUCCUGACGUGGAAGCUAUGAGAGACCCUUGGGCUCAAAUAGCCAUGGAUGACUUGUUAUCCGGAGACAACUCGCUAGAAUAUGGUAUCAAGACCCCGUUGUAUCCCUAUCAGCGUCGAUCCGCUGCAGCUAUGAUUCAGCGUGAAGCGCAGCCAAAACAAAUGCUUGAUCCACGGCUGCAAGUUUGCCAGACUCCUACAGAUGUGGAGUAUUAUUACGACAAGGAAGAUGGGAUCAUCGUUCGUGAAAAGACGAUGUACUCCGAGGCUUGUGGAGGAAUUCUUGCAGAGACCAUGGGCUGUGGAAAAACACUCAUUUGCCUCGCUGUCAUCUGUGCUACUCUUGGGCAUGUCCCUAAGAUCCCGAUCGAGUACUUGUCCCCAUCGUAUCAGCCAGACACUACGCGUGUGAGAGAGAAAGUAGGAUCCCUUAUGAAUAUGGCAGCAGCCGCAAUUGGUCGUCAUUCGAUACCUUGGAAACGGUUUUUCCUUGAAAAGCGCAAAAACGGCAUGUUCUAUGAAAGCUGCAUCGGGGCGUGUGUACGCGAGCGUGGAUCUUAUGAAUUUCCAUCGCACCAGACUCGAUACCCAGGUCGACAAACACCAACGUCAGAAGAGAAUCGGAGGUCCGAGAAGAAGCCACCAGGCAAGCGUAUACGUAUGUGCUCGGGUACAAUCAUUAUUGUCCCGACCAACUUGGUGGAUCACUGGCAGCAUGAGAUCCAAAAGCACACUGAAGGACUUAAAGUCUUGACACUGAGGUCGAGUUCCGACAAAAUCCCAUCUGCUGACGAACUUGUGGAGUAUGACAUUGUUCUUUUUGCAAAGACCCAUUUCGCGGGAGAGCCGAUUGAGACGUAUCUACCUCUGACAGAACUUCACUGGCUACGGGUAAUUGUCGACGAAGGCCACAAUGUCGCAGGAAAUGGCACGAAAACGAAUAUGAUGUCUUUUAUUGAUUGGCUCCAAUUUGAGCGUCGUUGGGUGAUUUCUGGUACACCAUCUACUGGACUUUAUGGGGUUGAGAUUAGUCUCGCCUCGCUUGAGGCCAAUACAAGCGACACGGAGCCAUCGGAAACUAUGACUGCAUCUGCGCUGAAGACUCGGAAGAAGACCGGAAAUGCAAUUGACAAUGAGAUGAAAGACCUAGACAAGAUUAGGCGUAUUGUGAUUGAGUUCUUGGAUCUGAAACCUUGGUCGAACUCCAGGGCAAAUGAUCCUGUUGAUUGGACCAAGUACAUCAAACCCCUUGGACCAGAUGGGAAACGACGCAAAACACCGGCGAUACGUGCUACGCUUCAAGGGCUGGUGGUACGGCACCAACUGGAUGUGGUCAGCAAGGAGAUUACUCUCCCCAAACUCUACAACAAGGUUAUCUAUCUGAAGCCGACGUAUUAUGACCGACUCUCUAUCAACCUGUUCCUUUUUGGUCUUGCUGUCAACUCGAUUACCUCCGAGCGUCAAGGCUCUGAUUACAUGUUCAACUCAAAAAACAGGAAGAGUUUGAAUUUGACCAUCACCAACUUGCGCCAGGCUGGAUUCUGGUGGGUUGGGUUUGACAAGGACUUGGCAAAAACAGUCGACGUUGCGCUCGAAUAUCUCGAGAAGAAAAAUGAUAGCAUGUUGCUUAAAGAUAUCCUUCGAUUGGCUGAGGGUAUGGGAAUUGCCCGUCAAGCUUUGGAGUCAACUGUGUGGCACGAGCUGCAGCAGUUACACGAGCUUGGUGUACUCGUGCAGGACUUCCCUAAAGACAAUCGGGCAUAUUGGGCAAUUGACCCUCAAACAGAAGAAAAUCCAAUUCUAAUGGGGAUUACACAAGCUCGCCUUGCCCAAAAGUUCAUCACGAAGCAGCUCCGAUUGGCUGACCCAACACAGGGCCUAUCGGGCCAUGGAAUCACUGUGCGUCAGGAUAUCAAGCGAACCCAGCAACGCGCUUCGGCAAAAGGCGCCACAGAGUCCAAUAAUAACCUUACAGCCCCUUCUAACCCAACCGCUGGUUCCUCUCCAGCUCCAACCACGACCCCAACUCCGAAGAAGACAUCGCCCCGGAAGAAGACGUUCCAUCGUAACAUCUUUCAAACACUUUCGGAGGACUCCAGUCUCAAGAAGACCAGAUUCGUCGCAACUUCAUCUGCGAAACUUACUUACCUCCUGGACCAAGUCCUCAAACACCAGGAGAGAGAGAAAAUAAUCAUUUUCUACGAUUCCAUCAACUCCGCCUUCUGGAUCGCCGAAGGCCUCGAGCUCCUGGGCGUAGACUUCCGCAUUUACGCUAGUAAUCUCAACUCCAAAUCUCGAACAGAGUAUCUCCAACUCUUCCGCGAAACCAACGAGGUUCGCGUCCUCCUCAUGGACCUCCGCCAAGCCUCACACGGCCUACACAUCGCGCAAGCCUCGCGUGUGUACAUCGUCAACCCGAUCUGGCAACCCAACGUCGAAAGCCAAGCAAUCAAGCGUGCCCACCGGAUCGGGCAGACAAGACCCGUGUACGUUGAGACGCUUGUCUUGGAAGAUACACUCGAAGACAAGAUGCUGCGCCGAAGAAAGGAGAUGUCCCAGGCCGAGAUGCAGCAUGCCGAGAAGAGCUUGCUGGACGAUAAUGCCAUGAGUGAACUCAUUCAAAACGAGCCUUUCCUGGACAUGUCUGAAGAACACUGCUCAAAAGCGGCAUAUUUGGCUCAGCCAACGGGCUUCUUCGACCGACAUCGUUUGCCCAUUCCGGAUAACGAGGCCGACGGCCCAGCAACUUGUAGAAAACGUUCUCACGCCGCGAUCGCGGAAUCCGAUGCUGACUCGGAUGCCUUCACCUUGCCGGGGAAUGGACAAACCCCAACUCCCACGCCCAAGAAAUCUAGAAAGACGAAGCCCAAGAAGGCACGAGUCGGCUUUGCUCCAGAUGUGGGAGGUGAAAAUGGAGGCAGUAGCGAUUCUUCAAAUUCGCAACCUCCUCUCCCUCCUCCUCUUGUGUUGCCUAACUAUGUCAAGCCUCCUCGACCGAAGUCUAUUUUCGGACCUUGGUAG